AUGGCUAAGAGCAAACCCAAUGCUAACACUCGCGCGGCUCGCCGAGCUGCCUCGCCGAGCUUGGAGCUAGAUCGGUCUUUGAGAUCUGCCCCUCGAGCUGAAUCGCCAACCGCUGAACGGCCUUCUGUCUUGGCCGAGCGCCGUACUUCUGGCAUUCAGAAGAAACAGAAGGGGAAGAAGAUGACCAGGGCACAGCGCUUGAGACAGCAAAAAGGCAUGGACCGGGCAGAAGCUGUGUUGGAUCAGUUAGAAAUCAAGAAGGCGAAAAGUGUAGGUCGUGCAAAGAGCGUUAAAGAACGAAGUGCCGAUUGGGAAGCUCUGAACACCAAGGCAUCGGCUUUCGCUGCUAUCCAGAAGGACAAUGAAGAGUAUGACGACGAGGAUGAUGAUGACAUGGAUGCAGAGACUGAACCCAUGAAAUCAAAACCGAAUCCCUUUGUGUCCCAAUCAACAAACGCGGGGUUAGAGGAUCCUGCGCCCACUGAUGACUAUGAUGAGAUUACCUGA